AUACUAUUCACAUUUAGAGCUGGUUUGACGAAUGCUUUUCACAUCGCAACUUACCUGCUGGACUGUUUCAGUUGUGUGUGUGGUCUUCAGCUGGCACUCGGUUAGCUACAGUUUUCGACUGCCGAAGGAUCUUCAUCGGAGGGUCCUGUAAACGCUCGCGGAGAACCUUUGUUCCAUCUGGUCAGCUUGGAAGUAGGACUCUUCCUAUUGACUUAGUGGUUUGUUUUGGCCGUAACCGUGUAAUCUGGAACCAAAAACGUGCAAGGACUGCGGACGUUAGGAGCCCUGCUACUCAAAAAAUUCAUGACGCGUUGAAUUCGUCAGGCAUCUCGGAUGUCUUGAGAGUGACCGGCUUGAAAUCUUCUUGCCCGCGGAGGAUCGUCUGCCUCUGACUUACUGGCAGGUUCUAACGCCUCCCUGGGGCUUAGAAAGGAAAGUCCCUAUCAAAGCGCAAACGGGGCACAGGCUUGUCCACGACCAUGAACGCCUUCCAGUCGCCAAGCUUGGACAUCACCAUCAGCCGGGGUGAUGUCGUGAAGGAAGGGUGGCUAUGCAAGCAGUCAAAGUUUCUGAAGGACUGGAGACGACGCUGGUUCGUUUUGACUCCCUACUGCUUGUGCAGCUUCAAAACGUCGGACAUCUACCAUUCCAAGCCAACUGAGAUCCUCUUUCUAAGGGACUGCAGCACUGUCAAGAGCGCUGACGAGGACAUCCAGAAAGAGAACGCAUUCCGGGUCGAUACUCCUAAUCGUGUGUUUUUCCUGAUAGCUGACAACAACCAAGAAAAGGAAUCGUGGAUUGGUCACAUCGGAAGGCAGAUGGUGCGCCCGUCAGUCAUGGUUAAUGACUCUUACGGCCAGGACAGUGACUAAGAGAUUCAGGGACCGUGGGCUGGCAACGCUAAAUGCCUUCCCCGUCUAAGGUGCACUGCUUCGUCGGUCGACUCCCCCAUGUGCUGACAAAGCCAGAAAUUAGAGAAUCUCUAUCCCAGAUGAAGGCGCAUGGCGUGUUACGUUCCCAGCAGACAUGCUGAGUCAGAAGCACGAUCGGAGGGCGUGAUCUGCAUGCACCGCUGGUUUUAUUAAAGUGAACGACCACGCUGGUUGAACGAUCAGCGAAUUCCUACUGAGUCCGGACCCUUUUUCGUCUUUUCUACUUUUGUCCAGCUCCAGUCUGGUACCUAGAUGUUGCUGCCAGGCACUGCUCCAUCGUUGUGUUGGUGUCCCACACGCAAGAUCACCUUGGAACGCCCAAUCUCGUCUCCUGCAUCUGCUGCGUUCUUGAAUGGUAGAGGUUAUUUCGGCACUCUUUGACUGGGUCGCGCAGGCGAA